UCUUACCUUCUCUGUCGUUGGAAGAAAGAGAGAGACAGACACCAUGGAGAAUACUGAGAAACUGGCUCCAAGUAAUGAGCCCAAGUACAGAGGAAUUAGAGCCAUGCCAUAUGUCAUAGGGAAUGAGACCUUUGAGAAGCUGGGAACUAUUGGGACCUCCUCUAACCUCUUGAUCUAUCUCACCACUGUCUUCCACAUGAACGCCAUUACAGCAACUAAUCUUGUCAACAUCUUCAAUGGAACUUGCAACUUCGGUACUCUGAUCGGAGCUUACCUCUCCGACACUUACUUUGGCCGUUACAAAACCUUGGGAUUUGCUUCAGUGUCCUCUUUCUUGGGGAUGCUUGUACUAACACUAACAGCAGCAAUCUCAAAGCUGCAUCCUCCUCACUGUGGAACAGAUGAGACUAGCUCAUGCAAAGGGCCAACAGCAGGGCAAAUGACAUUUCUGUUGGGUGGGUUUGGACUGCUAAUUGUUGGUUCUGGUGGUAUUAGACCAUGUAACUUGGCCUUUGGUGCAGACCAAUUCAAUCCCAAUACUGCGUCUGGGAAGAGGGCAAUCAGCAGCUUCUUCAAUUGGUACUACUUCACCUACACUUUCGCGGUGAUGGCGUCUUUAACAGCCAUCGUCUACGUGCAAUCCAACGUGAGCUGGUCUCUGGGGAUGGCAAUUCCUACCUUGAUGAUGUUCUUGUCAUGUUCACUCUUCUUCAUGGGUACAAGAAUGUAUGUGAGAGUGAAGCCCCAGGGAAGUCCCUUCACAGGCAUCAUGCAGGUUGUCGUGGCCACGAUCAAGAAGAGGCGACUGAAGCUGCCUGAGCAGCCAUGGUUCUCCCUUUUUAACCAUAUUCCAAUCAAUUUUAUCAAUGCAAAGCUUCCUUACUCUGAUCAAUUCAGGGUUCUCAACAAAGCAGCAGUCAAAACCCCCAAAGAUGAAAUCAAGUCAGAUGGGUCAGCAGCCAACCCUUGGAGACUCUCUAGCAUCCAGCAAGUGGAAGAAGUGAAGUGCUUGAUGAGACUGAUUCCUAUAUGGAUCUCAGGCAUAAUCUACAGCAUAAUUAUAGUCCAACAGCAAAACUAUACAGUCUUCCAAGCCCUCCAAUCCGAUAGACGCCUUGGCAACAUCAGCUUCAAAAUCCCAGCAGCCUCGUAUGUCGUCUUCCAAAUGUUGAGCCUCACUAUCUGGAUUCCUGUCUACGACAGACUCAUGGUUCCGUUUCUCAGAAGGCGCACAGGAAAGGAAGCUGGCAUUACACUCCUUCAGAAGAUGGGUAUUGGCUUGGUUCUCUCUGUGAUCACCAUGCUUGUAUCUGCGAUAGUGGAAGAGCGAAGGAGGACCUUGGCUCUUACUAAGCCAACAUUAGGGUAUGAGCCAAGAAAAGGUGCCAUUUCUUCCAUGUCAGGGUUGUGGUUUAUACCUCAGCUGGCACUAACAGGACUUUCUGAAGCAUUUGCCUUCAUUGGCGAAAACGAAUUGUUCUACAGGCAGGUCCCUGAGAACAUGAGAAGCAUCGGAGCAUCUUUUGUGUUCUGUGGCGUGGCGUUCUCGAAUUAUUUGAGUAGCUUAUUGGUGUCGAUAGUUCACCAGACGACAGAUUGGUUGCCGGAAGAUCUUAACAAGGGGAGAUUGGAUUACUUUUACUAUCUUGUUGGUGGUUUGGAGGCCUUAAAUUUGGUGUACUUUCUAGUGUGUGCAAAGUGGUACAAGUACAAAGAGAUUGGUAGUGACACCCUUGAUGUGCCUAUGGAAGAAAUGCAAUCUGAAAAACCAGUUGUUUGAUAUGCAGAUUUAGAAGAUUUCAUAUUUGACAGAAGUGUGAGAAGUUUUAAAAGGGAUCACUUUCCAACUUUCUCAUACCAAAUAAUACUAUAAAAGUGUACGAUCACUUGAGAUAAAUGAUCCAAACAUCUAUCAUUAUAUGUCAUUGUGAUACCUUUUAUUUUUAUUUUUUUGGGUAAUGUGGAACUCUUGCUCGGUACACGAGAUUGUAAGGGUAAAUCUUGGAUAUGUGCAAUCACUGCAAACCAGAUUUAGAUGAUUUAAGUUUCCUUAUGGUGAACCCAAAUGCGACUUAAACUUUCAACC